GGCAGCUGGUUACUUUGCCUCCACAGUAACACCAUAUGUGAUGUUGUUCCUAUCGUUAUAGAUGCAUUUUGACGAGUUGUUGGUGACAGUUGGCGACUUUGGUCCCUACCAGAGACGUCUCUACUUCCUUCUGUCUCUCCCUUCUGUUCAGAAUGCUGCCGUUGGUAUGCUGCUGGUUGUCUUUCUCUUUGACGUCCCUCAACACAGGUGCAGCAUCCCCGGAUUAAGGAAUGACUCAUAUGCAGUCCAAGAUGCAGCUCACGCCGACCUCAUCAACAGGACUAUUCCACGUGGCCACGGUGACCUGAAGUUCUCGUCAUGUGACGUGUACUCUUCCUCCAAUUGGACAGAUGAUGGUUCCGGCGAUCACAUAAACAUCACUAAGACGUGUCACGAAUGGGUAUACGACAGGACGGUAUACGAUUCUACAGUUGUACAGGCUAUGGAUCUUGUGUGUGACCGGAAGAGAUAUGUGACCCACGCUAAGAUGAUGGGGAUGUUGGGUCAGCUUGUUGCUGUCUUCAUCAGCGGACCUCUCUCAGACAUGUUUGGGCGUCGGACAAUGAUGCUGGUUGCAAUGUUCAGUGCUGUUUUCUUCAGCAUCUGUCUCAACUGGGUCACCAACUUCUAUCUUCUCCUGGCAUGUGUGUUCAUUGUGAUUGGAACACUCAGCGCGCAAUUCCUAUCUUGUUUUAUAUACAGCAUGGAGAUAGUCGGCCCGUCAAAGAGAAUGAUCACAGGAGUAGCAAUGAAUCUCUUCUGGAGUGCUGGGAACAUGAUUCUGGCUCUCGUGGCCUUCCUGGUGAGAGACUGGAAGACUAGACAGCUCGCCAUCAGUAUUCCUGGUAUCAUCUUUGUCUAUUUGUACUUUCUCCCGGAGUCUCCAAGAUGGCAAAUUACCAAAUGUAGGAACAAAGCUGCAAAGACAACAAUGUUGAAAAUUGCCAAAUGCAACAAAGUUGAAAUCCCUGAUGCCACACUAGAUAAUGUCAUCUGUAACGAUGAAGAAAGUGAGCGCUUCUGGGAGCUGUUCAGAUCCCCUAUAAUGCUGAAGAGGAUGGUUGUAAUUUGUUGUAACUGGUUGGCAAUCGGAAUGGGUUUCUUUGGCCUCAGCAUGAACGUCACCAACCUCUCUGGCAACGUCUACCUCAAUUACUUCCUGUUUUCUGUGGUAGAAGCAUGUUCAUAUGCUCUCUGUACGCUCUUCAUCAGUCGGAUUGGUCGGAGGAAGCUGUUGUGUGCCACUAUGUUGAUGGCAGGAGCUGCGUGCUUUUCUACUUUCAUUCCCUUCUUUGUCACGAAAACGCCUAACACAUGGAUCAUCACAGUGCUGGCCUGUCUUGGCAACAGUUCCGUAUCUGCGUCUUUUGCCAUCGUCUACGUCUUCACAGUAGAAUUACUACCGACGACAACAAGGAAUUUCGGCACGGGGCUAUGCUCAGUUUUCUGUAGAGUUGGUAGUAUUUCGUCACCAUAUAUCAAUGAUCUGACAAUGCAUAUCAGUGGCAGAUACAGUCAGAUCCUGCCUAUGCUGAUAUUCGGGAGCAUGACCACCCUGGCCGGACUCCUUUGUCUACUCCUCCCAGAAACAUUCAACAAGAGGCUUCCAGAAACAAUUCAGGAAGCAGAGAAACUCGGAACAAUGGCUUAUGGGGAAGCGAAUACAGAUCCGGAUAUCACACUUCUUGCCGAAAAGGAAGACCACGACACUUGUCUUUAACAGACCACCUUGACACAAGUUCAUGAGUCUUGGUUUUUAAAAUACUGGUACAUAUUUACAUAUCACCGAUAUAUUACUGAUCCUGUUGUUUUAUUCAGUUUUAAAAGACACCGUUUCUUAGGUGACAGAAGGGCCGGAUUUGUAUGAUCGACUGUGAGAUGAAAUGGCGUUUAACGUCGGGUUCAAAAUUAAUGCACUUAUAUAGGGACAUGCAAGUACGUGAGUGUGUCACAUGAGGAACAAGACACUUGAUGCAACAAUUCAUAUUUGCACCUAUGGCUUAGAGUUAGAUUUAUAUUUUUUUCAUUUAUAAUGUUUUAGUUUCCAUCUUCAAAACAUAAUUGCUUAUUGGAAAACAGAUCCGGAAAUCACGCUUUUUAGCGACCACAACAUUGGUCAUCUUGUCACAAGUUGAAAGGUCAUUUCUAGCCUUCUUUUUAGAUAUCUUUGUAAUCGGUACAAUACAGAUACAGGUCUAAUUCGUGGUCAAGCUCGCUGACUUGUUUGAUGCAUGUCAUCGUAUCCCAAAUGCGAGGAUCGAUGUCAAAGAUGUCAAUCACUGGAUUGUCUGGUCCAGACUCGAUUAUUUACAGACCGCCGUCAUAUAGAUAUAAUUUUGCUGAGUGCGGUGUUAAACAACAAAGAACGAACGAACGAUUUCAAAAGACCAUGACAAUUUAGAUCACAGAAGUGCCCGAUUUGUAGUUUGACUAUGGAACCUUCUUUUAUCACUUUAUUUCGUUUCUGUUUGGAACAGGCACUCUCUAUGGGUAUUGAUAUUUCAUAUUAUCGGUGUUUGUAAACAUUGGACAUUUGAUCAAUCUUACCUGAUUUAAAUAUACUGAAUCGCAAAAUAAACGUCACCAUGGAUAGAUAUAUGAGAAACCUUAUUUGUCCAAACACUGUAAACAUACUUUGAGACAUAUUAAAAAGAUGAAA